AUGUCUACACAAAAAGCAGUCGUUUGCGCCUCCAAGGGCGUUUCUGAGCUGCGCAAUGACGUCCCUCUGCCCAAGCUUCCUGCCGACAACUGGCUUCUUGUCAAGACCAAGGCUGUAGCCUUGAACCCAACUGACUGGAAGAGCAUUGAGUGGUCGACAGCGCCAGGCGCUCUUGCUGGCUGUGACUAUGCUGGUGUAGUCGAGGAGGUCGGCAAGGCUGUGACCAACUACAAGGUUGGAGACCGAAUUGCUGGUUUUGUUCGUGGAGGUGACCCUGCUGAUCAUUCCAACGGCGCUUUCGCCGAACACAUCAAGGCCAAGACUGGAAUCAACCUCAAGAUUCCCGACAACAUGUCCUUCGAGGAUGCAUCGACUUUGGGUGUAGGAAUCACAACCGUAGCUCAAGGUUUGUACCAGGAGCUUGGUCUACCACUGCCGCCCGCCAAGGUGCAAGAACCAACCACAGUCCUUAUCUAUGGCGGCUCCACCGCGACAGGAACGCUCGCCAUCCAGUACGCGAAGGCAUCAGGCUGUGAGGUUAUCGCGACAUCCUCACCGCACAACUUCGACAUGCUUCGCAAGCUCGGCGCCGACCAGGUCUUCAACUACAAGGAUGCCGAUGUUGGCGCCCGGAUCCGAAAAGCUACUAACGACAAGCUGAAGCUGGCUUUCGAUUGCAUUGCCGAAGGAAACUCGUUUGACAUCACCGCUGCUGCCAUCAGCUCCAGUGGUGGUCACAUGUCUGCUCUUCUGCCAGUCAAGAACUACCCGAGAAGUGACGUCAAGACCAAAUUCACCUUUGCCUACACCGCGCUCGGUGAGAAGUUCAAUGAGAACGUCGGUGCCAGCCAGGAAGAUUACGAGUUUGGUGCCAAGUUCUGGAAGCAGGCCGAGGAGUGGCUCAACAGUGGCAAGAUCAAGACCCACCCGGCUGAGGUCAGAAAUGGACUGUCCGGUGUUCCACAGGGCUUGCAAGACUUGAAGGAUAACAAGCUUUCCGGUCUUGAGACUUUGGAGGGUCGGAAGAGAACUACUGAAGCUUCUUCAGUCUUCACGAUGCUUUCAAUUCUUCUGGCAGCGGCGCCUCUAGCCUCGCUCGUGUGUGCAUCCUUUGACGGCAACUUGAACUACCACUCACCUUCUCGCCGGCAUGAGGGUCUCGGCAUAGACGUGCCCAAGGUCGCAAAGAGGAGCCUUGUGAAACGGGCAACUCCUUGGGAUCCUGCCCAGUUGAGCUUCACGCACGGCGUCGCUUCUGGAGAUCCCUACCCGGACUCGGUCAUUCUCUGGACACGCAUCGCACCAUCGCUUGAGAACGAUAGGUCGAAUGUAACCGUCACGGGUAAUGUAGCGUUCUACAACCACGAGACGGAGAAGUACAUCAAGGCCUCGCCAAACCCGAUUUGCGUGGACUACCGCGUUGGUACGGAUAGCAAUUUCUCAAGCAUCGCGGAUCAAGGCCAGACAUACACCACUUCCGACAUCGACUUCACUGUCAAGAUUGAAGCGAAGAAUCUUUCUCCCUUCACGCAGUACUACUACCAGUUCAAUGUUUGUGGCAGCUCGAACAAGAGUCCGCUGGGCAGAACUAAGACUAGUCCUCAUGAGGACGACGAUGUUUCCAAGAUCGGCCUUGCUAUCUUCUCUUGCUCUAACUGGCAGAACGGAUACUUCAAUGCGUACGGGAACGCGGCCAGGAAGGACCAGGUAGAUUAUUUCGUUCAUCUCGGUGACUACAUUUAUGAGUCCACCAAAGGCAAACUCGGUCAGGAUCCGCGAGCUACAAACCCGUCAAGAGAGAUUGUCACACUAUAUGACUACCGAACAAGAAUCGGCCAGUACCGUACCGAUGACGACUUGCUUCUUGCACACCAAAACUUUGCAUGGAUUCCAACUUGGGAUGAUCAUGAGGUCGCAAACAAUGGAUAUCGCGAUGGUUUCAGCAACAUGAACAACACCGAGCAGAGCUUCCGAAAGUUCGGAGGCGUGAGUGUUGACUCAAGAAAGAUGAAUGCCGUCAGGGCAUACUUCGAGUGGAUGCCUAUUCGUCAGGUUGACAUGGACGACAACCUGCGCAUCUGGCGUAAUUUUAAGAUGGGUAAACUUUUUGACCUGAUCAUGCUCGACACACGCAACUACGACCGAUCCAUCACGACACUCAACUGGAACGACGACUACAUUGCGGAUCUUAAAGAUGAUGCUGGCCGCUCACUGAUGGGUAGCCUUCAAGAGAACUGGUUCUACAACCAGCUUUCCAAAUCGCAUGAGCGAGGGGCUACUUGGAGGAUCGUCGGAAACCAAAUCAUCUUCUCGCGGAUGAACAAUAGCGCCGUGUACGACGAAGAGUUGAACGCUGAUCAGUGGGACGGAUACACUGCGAACCGCAACCGUACCCUUCACCAUCUUUACAGCAACGAGAUUCCGAAUACCGCCUUCUUGGCUGGUGAUUCUCAUGCUAACUGGGUGUCUGAUCUUGUUUGGCUUGACGAGACCCCGUACGACCAAUCUACAGGUGCUGGCGCUAUUGGCGUCGAGUUUGCCGGCACGGCCGUCUCCUCCAGUGGUUAUGGUGCUGGAAGAUCUAUUGCAAACUCGAGCGAUCGUUCUGCAGCCCUGGUACGCGACAACCGCGAGCUUCAGUGGACCGAGGGUUACUACAGAGGAUACUACGAGCUAUUUAUCUCACCCGAGGAGCUCAACGCGCAGUACUAUGGUAGGUUACUUUAUCGCUCUCCAUCUGUGGCAUCCCGAAAUCCUUUCGACAUUAGCCUUGCAAACUUCACGGUCAAGGCCGGUGCCAACCACCUGGAAAGGACCAACGGAACUGUCGUCGCUACUGGCGGUCAUGUUGAGAGCGGCGCGCUUCAACGCGGAGCCACCACCCCAACAAAUUUGACGCUCAACACCCUCACUGGGACGUGGAAUGUCACUGGUUUCGAGCAGAUGUUCGUUACAUACGCGACCGCACUCCCUGCUGAACUCAUCAUAUCAACCAGAAAACCAUCGCAAGCGACCACAUCCAGUUCGAGCGACAAGAUGGCAUCCACCAUGAAGGCCUGGCAGUAUAACAGCACAAAAGGCGGAAUCGAGAAGAAUCUGCAGAUCAACGACACUGCACCUCAACCUACGCUUCACGAUGAACAGAUCCUCGUUCAAGUUCUUGCCAUGGCGAUCAAUCCCGUCGAUCAUAAGGUGACUGAAGGCCCAAUGCCACUGCGACUCGUAGGCUCCGACAUCACUCCGGGUGCGGACUUUUGUGGCAAAGUCGCCAAAGUUGGAAAGAAGGUCGACGAGUUCCAGAUCGGCGAGUUUGUGUUUGGCGCAAAAGUUGGUGCGCUGACGGGAGGGAGUUUGGCGCAAUAUGUGGUUGUGGAGAGAAAUAUGUUGGCGACAUUACCAGAGGGCGUAAAGGUCGAGGACGCAGCUGGUGUGGGAAUCGUAGGAUUGACCGAAUACCAAGCUAUCGCGCCAAACGUUAAGAGCGGCGACAAAGUCUUCAUUAAUGGCGGCUCUGGCGGCACAGGUGUAUAUGGCAUCCAGAUCGCAAAAGCGCUUGGUUGCCACGUUACCACAACGUGCUCAACACCCAACGUCGACCUCUGCAAAAGCCUGGGCGCAGACGAAGUCAUCGAUUACAAAACCUCUGAUGUCAUUGAUACUCUUUCUUCCAAGGGUCAGGUUUUUAGCCUUGUAGUCGAUAACAUCGGCACGCCAUCUAACCUCUACAAAGCUGCAUCUUCCUAUCUUAUGCCAGCCGGAAAGUUCAUCCAGAUCGGAUCAACAUUGAGCAUGGAUAGCAUAAAGACAGUGGGUUCGAAUAUGCUGUUACCAGGCUUUCUGGGCGGUGGGAAGAAUAGCUAUCAGAUGCUGAUGGCGAAGCCGUCGGCGGAUGCGCUAAGGCAACUUGGCGAGUGGAUGAAGGAGGGUAAGUUGAAGGGCAUUGUUGAUGCAGUGUUUGAUUGGGAAGACGCGCCGAAAGCCUUUGAGAAAUUGAAGACAGGGAGGGCGAGGGUACAUAAUGCGAUCAACCACAUAUUUCACGUCAAAGGUUCAGAGUCUUUUCCCCAACUCAACGCAAUACACCAAUACCUAGAGAACGCAAUGACUGAUAAAAUGGCUCCCAAGAAUCAACUCAUAGCCAAAAUUGAAACAAUGGCACUGUUCAAGAAAAAGAUCCAGGAUAAUUGUGAGAUGGAAAGCACUGUCGAUAUCGAGAUUAAAGAACUUGAAUCCAGACGAAGCACACUUCAGCGCAAGAAGCGGAACUUAUACACCGCCUUCGAAAAGGCAUACAAUGACUACUUGCGCAUGUGGAACAGUAAGUUCGCUGCGAAGAUCUUCGAAAUUCUGGCUCGCGAGCUGCGAGACAUGGUCUACUGUCAUCUCAUCGGCGGUGCUCCAACGGCCCACAUUCUACCACGUCACGCCCGCGGCCUUGACAAUGAGCUUCAACACUACUUCAUCGGAGAUUACAUGGGAAAUGAGUUUGCUAUGGAGAUCGCACAAGUCUUCAACCGAUAUGCCUGUUACAACGUUCGUCAUAUUGAUGAUGUUGUUCCUCUACUGCGCAACGGCCCUUUCUUGGUUCAUCCAUCCUGUCGACCUCUCGAUCACCUCCGAACGCUCUCGGUGUGUGUCUCCAUGGAACCUUACUUUAGCUCCAACAACUAUCAUCAAGUAGUUAUCCUGCAGAGAAAGGCUGAGAGCAAAGCAACAAUGGACGACUAUGAGAAACAAGUCAGUUGGCUUAGCGAUCUUGCGACCACGGAGCAUGAAUCACGACUCGCGAUUACCCUCUCCGUCGAGGUACGAACUUCAUUUGCCAUGGAGAGAUACAAAGCUGUUCUGCUCCCACAUAUCCAAGAACUUGUGAAAAAGAAAUGCAAGGUUUUCGUGUCCUGGUGGAACAUGGACAGAUCUUCAUGGCGUAACAUCGCCAAAGCUUUCGUAAGGAAUGUCUCUAGUGCGCAAGCAGAUGAAAAGAAGGUUGGAAUUGAGGAAGGCAGCGACAAUGGAGAUGAAGACGAGAGGGUCAAGGUGUAUUCGUUUUCGGCAAUGUUGUCGGAUGAGGAGGCUUGGAUCAAUUUCGCGCAAGCUGCAAGAGUUGGGGACGGGGAUGACGUUGUGGCGGCAAAAGCGCUGUUGAACGGCACAGACUUCGAUCGUGGUGAUGUGUACAAUGGCAGUACCAUCAUAUCCGGAGCGACGCUAGUACCCACAACAAUGACCGAAACUCAGGAAGGAUUGAUUGGCUUCACCCCGGAACCGCAGACAAGUGCCAGUUGGAGCGCUGAAGGCGUCUUGGGACCCAUAGCUACGCCUACGCCAUCCGCCGCGCCGGCGCCUCGACCACCGGCCACUCCUCAAAUACCAAUCCUUGCCCUCACAUACGCGGGUGCAGGCGGCCCUAAGCACUGUCGCGGCGAACUCCUACAGAAAACGUAUUUUCCGCCACCCCUCGAGAAAUGGAAGAACGGUACUUGCAUCACUCUUCCAAGCGAAGCGCGAUGCGGCGUGUUCUAUUCGAAUAAGGGUGACAAUUGUGAAGCGCAACUGUUCAACAUGCCAGAUUGUUACAACACAACGCGAUCAUACGUGAACACAGUCGUUUUCAUGCCCGAGGAGAGAGCCGUUGGCGCGCUUUGGAGCAGCAUGUGGGUGCGAUGCGGUGUUGACGUACCGGAAGCCAAGAUGCUUGAUCCAAGUAUUCUCGGAGGAGCGCUAAAGAAGAAACCUGGCGGUGGCUGA